UUUUUUUUUUGUUUGUUUGUUUAACGUCUUCUAUAUACCUUCUUCUAUUUUUUUUUUAUUUAUUUUUUCUUCCUUUCCCUUUUCUUUUCAGAAAUUCAUUUCUCUCUCCUUCUUCUCUUUUAUAAACAUUAUAAAAUUUUUAUAAAAUAUUUAUUUCCUUCGUAAUGACUACUCCUAAUUUAUCUGAUAAUAAUCUUCCUCGAUCACGACCUUCCUCAAUUAGAAGGAUUCAUAGAAAUAAGGAUAAUACAAUAAAUUCAGCUACCAAUUCUCGUCCUUCAUCUCGCCCUUCAUCUCGACCUGCGUCUCGACCUAUAUCUCCUACUGGAAGCUAUAAUGAAUCUAAUGAUAAUGAACCAAUUAUUCCCACUGCUAUUGUUAUAAAGAAUAUUCCAUUUUCGGUCAAAAAAGAUGCUCUCUUAGAGAAGUUUGCUUCAUUAGACAUUCCUACAGCUUAUGCUUUUAAUUACCAUUUCGAUAAUGGUGUUUUUCGAGGACUUGCAUUUGCAAAUUAUCGAACUUCUGAAGAAGCAGAAAAUGUAGUAAAUACUCUUAAUGGAUAUGAAAUAGGAGGUCGAAAACUACGUGUGGAAUUUAAGAAAAUGUUACCUACAGUAAAUGAUAAUAAUAGAAAGAAGGAGAGAGAAAUGUCAUCUAAUAUGAUGUCUUCUUCUCAACCUGGAUCACCUUUACAGACUGAACGUAAAUUGCCUGUUAACUUGGAUGAAGAUGUAUUGGACUUAAAUAACCCUAAUGUCUUGGAAAUGUAUAGUUAUCUUCUACUUUUCCGUGGGGAUCCAAAUGCUACUGAAAUUGCAUUACCCAAAACCCUUUCUGCUAAGGAGCGUAGGGAUGCUCAUUUAAUUGCUGAUAGACUUGGUCUUAAUCAUUAUUCUGAAGGAUUUGGUCCUGAUAGACAAAUUAUUAUUGACAAAAGAGGCUCAGUUCCUGCACCUAUUGUGAGACUUCAACAUAAAAGCUCUAGAGGAUCUUUAAGAUCAAGUCCUAGUCGUGAACGCUUGGGUAAUCUUAUUUCUAGUAGCAGUACUGAACUUAAACGAGAUAGUUUUCGAAAAUCAAUGAUGAGUACAAGUGUCACUGCUGCUGAAGCAGAAAAUCCUUCUUCAGGUACUUUUAUUCACCCUAUUCGUCAGCCUCGUGGACCCGAGCCUGGUAAGAAUUUUGCUUCUCGUAAACCAGUGAAUAAUGAUGAAAGUGAGAAUUUAGCUGACGUCUUAUUUCGUCAACAUAUUACUCAAAUUGAAAGCUUAAAGAUUAAAUAAAGAAAUUUAACAUGUUUUUCUAAUAAACCAAUAAAAUUCUGUGCUGCUUAUAUUGCUUGAA